CUCAAUAUUUCUGCAUAAGAGAGACUUCCAAGAAGAAAUAGACCAUAAGCUCUAUUCCUCUUCUAGGUUCCUGUGUUUUUGCCUUAUCAAUGGCUCUUUCUAAGCUUCUUGUUGCUUCCCUCCUCAUCAUAUCCCUCUUCCUUCUUCACCAUCACGCUGCGGAGGCGGUCGAAGGAGAGGCAAAAGAGCAGGGCUCUGUUGCUGAGAAGAUAGAUUGUAAUGGAGCAUGUGGAGCGAGAUGCCGAUUAUCGUCAAGGCCUCAUCUGUGCAAGAGGGCGUGUGGGACUUGCUGUAGGCGGUGUAACUGCGUACCUCCUGGGACGGCCGGCAACCAACAAGUGUGUCCCUGCUACUACAACAUGACCACUCACGGCGGCCGCCGCAAGUGCCCUUAAUCGCUCUUCAAUCUCACUCGCUCCGAUCAUUUUUCUCCCCGGUCAUAUUUAUAUUUCUUUUAAUCACUGUUGAGUCCGUACUAUACUCUGUUUCCUCUUAUUUUACUUCCUGUACUACGCUAAAUAAAUGUCUUUUUUUCUUCUUUUUGUUUUUCCCCUGUUUUACGGCUGUUUAUGUAUUCAACUUGAUGAUAUAAAAUAAAAUUUGCGUUUACACUUUAAUUUAAA